AUGUCCCCUCAGGAGCUUGCUGCACUGAUCUGCAAAGAAGGGGACCACCACCUCUCCCAGCAGGAGGUACCAGUAGCUACUGCUUUCUACAUGGCUGCCUUCAGCUGCAGUGCCCCCACAGCAGUGCAGAAAGUGAACUCCUUGGAGAAAGGGCUGUGGGAGCAGGUGACAGCCACUCUGGAGACGUGGUGCAAAGGCGAGAGUCAGAUCCCCAAGAUCCAGAGCAAGAACUUGGCCGCCGUGUCCCUCAGCGUGGGAAUAGCUGCCAUCUUCCUCUCCACCCUAAGUCCCAGCAACGUGGUGUCCUCCGUGUAUAAACUGGAGGCCCUGCUCAGGCAAGGAUGCUCAGAGGAGGUGGUGAAUAAGUGCAAUGCCCUGCUCAAGGCGAGCCCCAAGUGCUCCCUGGAAGUGCUGCUGCUGAGGGCGCUGGCGUGGGUGCUGUCGGGGACACAGGUCAGGAAGGGAGUUGCAGACUACAUCCAAGCCUUCGUGAAGCAUGGGGCAGAGGCAGUGGCCUAUGUGUGUGCCAGGCAGAAGGAGCAGCUGCCACAGGUCCUGCUGGCCUUCUCCGAGUACCUCUCAACAGAUCAGAAAGAAAGCCCAGACGGCAGCUCCCUGGAGCAGUGGCUGGGCAACUGCUAUGACUUCCUCUCCGCAGUGGCACCCGAUGAUGCCUGCGUUUGCAGGGUGCUGGCAGCUUACCUCUUGAAGAAAAACAGGUUUGAGGAGUGUGUGGCAGCCUGCAGCAAGGCCCUCAAGAGCUUCUCAGCCGAUAAUAGCGCCAGAGAUGAGAAAGCUGUGGGGCUGCUCUUGGAGCGGGCUGCUGCCUACUUCUUCUUGGGCGGCCGGCCUCAGGAAAUGCUGCAGGACUUAGCAGAAGCCUUUGCAGCAAGCCCUGCCCAGGCAAUGAAACACUUCCAAGAGCUCUUCUCAGCACAUGACACCGAGAGGAUAGCAGAGCAGGCUAGAGCCAGCCUGGAGGGGAAGUUCGCAGCGUACCGCGAGGCUGUGCGCGCUCGGACGGAGCUCAGAGGCAACCGCGGCAGGGAACUGCUCCCCUCUGUCAUCCAGACAGCCCAGCUCCUGCUGCACCUCUGCCCAGAGGCCCAACGGGAGCUGAGCGUGCGGCUCGCAGACUGCCACCUGCUGGGCGGGCACAGCCAGGCUGCCCUGCAGAUCUGUGACCGCCUCCUGGCGGCAGAGCAGAGCACUUACUGCAACACUCUCUUAGCGCUGCGAGGGUUCUGCGCCCUCCACGCUCACGACCACCAGCGAGCCCUGCAGGACUUCCAGAAGGUCAUUGAGCACAGCUCCCCACAUCCCAGCAGCUGUGUCAAAGCCCUCUGUGGACGUGGACUGCUCCGGGUUUCUGGUGGCAGCCACUACUUGACAGCCCUGGAUUAUAUCACAGCUUGCCAGUUAAAGCUGGAGGAAACCAUCUUCACCAUCAAGUCCUACGUGCCCUGGAACCAAAGAGGCCUGCUGCUGAAGGUUCUCCAAGAAGAAGGACAGAAGAUGCUGCAGAAGAAGAGGUACCCAGGAGGCAGUGCAGCCCAUGGGCAGACAGAAAUAGGGCUGUGCGGCUUUCCUUCCUCCAGAGAUGCCCCUGGGGUUUUCCAGCUGGCUUCUCUCUUGGUGGAGCUGGACCCCUCCGAUGAAGCCUCACGGAUCCUUUGUGCUGAUGCCCUGUACCAGAUGGGCUGUGUAGAAGAAGCUCACAAGCUCCUCUCAGUAGCACUCUCCAGAAAUCCACAAAGGUCUCCCAUCCUGGCUAGACUUGCACUCCUGCAGCUGAAGAAAGGAUUCAUGUAUGAUGGCAACCAGCUGCUAAAGAAAGUGAUCAGAAUUGGAGACACCUCCUGCCUGCUGCCAAUCAUGGACAUUUUCAAAGAUGAAGACAGGAGUCUGAUGAGAAGGCACUGCCAUGUCAGGGCACUGACCAUCCUGAAGAGCAAACAGGAGGAUGCUGACAUCAAAGAGGCCAUUGCCUACCUUUCCUUUGCCAUCAUUGCUUCAGGUGGCUGUGCUGCAGAUUGCCUGCUCAUCAGGGCUCGGUGCUACAGCCGCCUUGGGCAGAAGAAAACUGCCAUCUUCGACUUCAAUGCUGUCCUGAAAGAGGACCCCCACAACGUGCAAGCUCUGAGUGGACGAGGACUCACCUACCUUGCUCUGAAGCAGCAGAAGGAGGCAGUGCAAGAUUUGAUCUCAGCCCUGAAGGUGGAGGCAGGAGCCGUGAUCCAAACCAUCCUGUCCUUAAAGCAUGAACCCCAAGGGCUGAUCACUCAGUGGCUCCUCCAGCACGGCAGGACUGCGUUAGCAGAGCUCGUUGCUGCUAAAGACCUGUCAAGAGAAGAGACUCUCAGGGAUCUUCUGCUGGUUGCCAAAGCAGCAGCCCAAGAAGCAAACGCUCUGACCAAGAGCCGCCGCUACGAGAAGGCUCUGGGUUAUUACACCCUGGCUGUCCUGGCCAGCAAAGACAACCCAAGGUACCUGCGACAGAGAGCUGCUUGCCUGAUGCACCUGAAAAGCUACGACGCUGCUUUAAAAGACAUGGAGAAAGUGAUCCAGCAGCACAGCUCCAGCAGCCUCAAGAGGCAGGUGGAGGACCUGUGCGCCAAGGGGCGGCUGCUGCUGUGCGCGGCCGAGGAGGCGGCAGCGGUGCAGCAGUACAUCCAGGCGCUGCAGCUGGAGGAAUCCCUGGCCUUGUGCAGCAUCAUGCAUGCUCCUGGCAGUGAGGUUUUGACCAAGGCCUUCCAUAAGGUUGCACAAGGCAGUUUGGAGAGGCAGCAUUACGAAGAAGCCUGGAAGGUCACAGACUAUGGGCUGAAAAUUGAUAACAACACGGAGCUGAAGAAGCUGAAGACGAGGCUGAAGCGAGAGGCAUCGAGCUGUAGCAUACACUGA